ACAGGCGCGCGGGUGCUCCUGGGCCGUCAGCAUGGCGGUGUUCGCAGAUUUGGACCUAAGAGCGGGCUCGGACCUGAAGGCUCUGCGCGGACUGGUGGAGACCGCUGCUCACCUUGGAUAUUCAGUUGUUGCCAUCAAUCAUAUUGUUGACUUUAAGGAAAAGAAACAGGAAAUUGAAAAGCCAGUAGCAGUUUCUGAACUCUUCACAACUUUACCAAUUGUACAGGGAAAAUCAAGACCAAUUAAAAUUUUAACUAGAUUGACAAUUAUAGUUUCAGAUCCAUCCCACUGUAAUGUUUUGAGAGCAACUUCUUCAAGGGUCCGGCUGUAUGAUAUUGUUGCAGUGUUUCCAAAGACAGAAAAACUUUUUCAUGUUGCUUGCACACAUUUAGAUGUGGAUUUAGUCUGUAUAACUGUAACAGAGAAAUUACCAUUUUACUUCAAAAGACCCCCUAUUAAUGUGGCAAUUGACAGAGGUCUGGGCUUUGAACUUGUCUACGGCCCUGCGAUCAGAGACGCGACAAUGAGAAGGUACACAAUUUCCAAUGCCCUCAACUUGAUGCAGAUCUGCAGAGGAAAGAAUGUCAUUCUGUCCAGUGCUGCAGAGAGGCCUUUGGAGAUAAGAGGACCAUAUGAUGUGGCGAACUUAGGGCUGCUGUUUGGGCUGUCUGAGAGCGAAGCCAAGGCUGCCGUGUCCACAAAUUGCCGAGCUGCAUUUCUCCAUGGAGAAACUAGAAAAACUGCUUUUGGAAUUAUUUAUACAGUGAAGAAACCUCGGCCAUCAGAAGUGGAUGAUGAUUCUCUUCCAGCUUGCAAGAAAGCUAAAUCGAUAAUCAACUUGCCGGCAUCUCGAAUCAGCUGGGAGACAAGCCUGUGAACAUGCCUAAGAGUAAGUAUCUAGUUCGUUGAGAAAAGUCACCCUGCCCGGCAGUGUCACCAUUCCACGGACUGAAACCUCAGAUCUUCAUAAAAAGGAGUUAUGAUAUAUAUAUAUAUAUCUAUAAAAGUUAGCAUGUACAGGCAUUCGUCACUGCCUGCUUCCUGACUGUGGAUGCAGUUGACCAGUAGCCUCAUGCUCCUGCUGCCACGCCUUCUCCUCCAUGAUGGACCUUCUUCAAAUGCAAGCUAAAAUAAACCUUUCUUACCUGAAGUUGCUUUGGACAGAUACUUUGUUGCAGCAAUGAGAAAACUAAUACAGACAUGCAGUGGAGUUCUAUUCAGCCAUGAAAAGGAAGGAACUCAAGCCUCCUGCACCUACUGCUAGUCCUGAUGACCUGAUGUGGGUCCAGGACCCAUGUGUUUGUUAGAGGCAGAAAGCUGACCUGUGACCUCCACGUGUACACCAUGUUGUCCCUCCCCUCCCCACAGUAUCCAUGUUCCCAUACACAAAAUAA